AUGGCUGAAAAGACACCUUACGGGCAAGACAUUGUCGCUCACGACAGCGGGUCGCCAACCCAUUCCCCUGAUGACAGGCUCGACCACAAAGGGCCCGAUCUGGCCCAUGUUGUCUCUGCGUUUGGAGGCGAUGGUGAGAACGCUGUCGCCCCUCGCGACGAUCUCCAGUAUGUCGUCGGCCGGAUUGACGAAAUCUCGACUGAGGAAGCUCGCCAAAUUCUGAUCGAGAUGCUCGACUACCACGAGUACGACUACAAUUUUCCCGCGGCGACUCGCGAGAAGAUACAGCUUCUCCUGGAGGGGCCCUUGGACAAAGGUGCAGAGGAAGACUGGUCUCUGGAAAUUCGAACUGAGGCAGCUCUCAAUCGGUUCUAUUCGCCAUACCCAGAGGUGCGCUCCAUCACCACCCCGGAAGACGACCCGGACAUGACGUGCGAGACAAUCCGGGCUCAUUUGUUGGGAUACAUCUGGGCUGUUAUCGGCCAGUUCACCAAUGCACUGUUCCAGUCACGUUUUCCGAGUAUCACCAUUACGUCGGCCGUUAUUCAGAUUCUCCUGUACCCUUGCGGUCUUGCGUUGGCGUUUAUCCUACCAGACUGGGGCUUCACUGUCCGCGGCCAGCGCAUCUCUCUCAACCCAGGGCCUUGGACGUACAAAGAGCAGAUGCUGUCAACCAUCAUCUUUAACGUUAGUCUUGGUACCGCUUAUGUCUUUUAUAACCUGCAGACACAAGAGAUUUUCUACCAAGACAAGUGGCUCAACCCUGGAUACGGAAUCCUUCUUCUGCUCUCAACUCAAAUGAUGGGUAUCGGGUUUUCGGGGCUUAUGCGCCGCUUCGUUAUCUACCCCGUUGAAGCUAUCUGGCCCAGUGUUCUGCCAACGGUCGCCCUCAAUAGAGCGCUUCUUGUCGGCGAGGCCCGCGAGUCCAUCCACGGUUGGACGCUGACGCGCUAUAAGUUCUUUUUUAUUGUCUUUGGCGCCAUGUUCGUCUACUUCUGGAUCCCGGACUACCUGUUCACUGCACUAAGCACAUUUGCGUGGAUGUGCUGGAUCGCACCGAACAACUUCAAAGUCAAUCUCAUUACUGGCUCACAGCAAGGCCUAGGCUUCAAUCCUAUCCCCACAUUCGACUGGAACGUUAUGAGCUACGUUGUCCAACCUCUGCAGAGCCCGUUCUUUGCUACUUUGCAACAGUUCUUGGGAGCUGUUCUGGGAGGUCUUAUUAUUAUUGGCCUUUAUUUCACGAACAUCAGCAACACUGCCUACCUACCCAUCAACUCAUCUGGCAUUUUCAACAAUACCGGUGGCCACUAUGAGAUCCAGAGGAUCCUUGUUCCAGGCACCGCUAUCAUCAACGAGACAGCUUACCAGGAAUACUCGCCUGCUUUCUAUUCAGCUGGUAACCUGAUGCUGUACGGUGCAUUCUUUGCCUUUUAUCCUCUCACUAUGGUCUUCAUCUGCUUGGACGCCUGGCGACCUCUUCUUCGUUCUACCAAAUCCAUGUUGGGUUCAGCUGGCUCCAUGAUCAAGCGUACUGGCGGCGGAACUGCUCGCAUCACCAAAGCUGUUCUCACCGGCCGCUUCGGCGAAGCCAGAAGAGAGUUCAGUGCUUUGGCGAGCUAUGACGAGUCGAUCUACGAUGGCUUUGACAACCCACUUACCGACCUCAUGCGCGCCUAUCCUGAAGUGCCUGACUGGUGGUUCCUUUCCAUUGCCCUGAUUGCCUUCAUUUUCUCCAUCAUUAUCCUGACGACUUGGACACAACUCGAUACCCCAGUUUGGACUAUUUUCUUCGUGAUUGGCUUGAACCUGGUUUUCCUUGUCCCUAUGAGUUAUCUUUACGCCAUCUCUGGAACGACGGAAGGCCUGAACGUUGUUACGGAACUUAUUGUUGGCUAUGCACUUCCUGGUCACCCUGAAGCGCUUAUGUUCGUCAAGGCUUUUGGCUAUAAUAUUAAUGGCCAAGCUGAUAACUACCUUGGCGAUCAAAAGAUGGGCUUUUAUGCUAAAGUGCCCCCACGUGCCAUGUACCGUGGCCAGGUCACCAGCGCCUUCAUUACUGCCCUCGUCUGCUAUGCCGUUGUGAACUUUGUUGACCACAAUAUCGAAGGUAUUUGCACACCAGACCAGAAACAACGCUUCACAUGUGCUGGCUCUGCAGUUGUCUUCUUCUCGUCAUCGGUUGUCUGGGGCGCGCUCGGUCCUGAGCGAGUCUUCUCUCAACUCUACCCUGCUAUGAAAUACUGCUUCCUGCUUGGUUUCCUCGUUGCGCUGGCUUGGUGGACCGUCAAGCGCUUUGGACCGAACAUGCGCUCGGGCGCCAAGUCGUCUUUACCCGCUGGUCUUUUCGCCGUGCUCAACAUCGGAUUGUUUACCCCGAUUUCUUGGCUUAAGCACGUUCACCCUUCGCUUGUUUUCAAUGGUAUGAUUACCUGGGCACCUACCAACCUGUCCUACUGGGUUGGCUCCGUCUACAUGUCGAUCGCGUUUAUGUGGUAUCUCAGGCGCUACAAGUUGGCGUGGUGGGAGAAGUACAACUACGUUCUCGCCGCCGGCCUCCAAGGCGGCGUUGCCUUCUCGGCCAUCAUUAUUUUCUUUGCUGUGCAGUGGAAGGAGGUCGAUAUUAACUGGUGGGGUAAUCUCGUCAAUGGCAACACCAUGGAUGGUGGCGGCGGUGACGCUCCGCUUGUUCGCUUGACUGAGAUGCCGGCGAAGGGUUACUUUGGACCUGACAGCUGGUAUUAG